AUGCUAACCCCCUUUUCAGAAACGAGUGAUACACAAAAGGAGGAAUAUUCUUCUCUCUCUCAAAAUUAUAAUAAAUAUGAUUUUGCAAAUGUUCCUAAAAAUAGUACAAGUGGUACUAGUCAAUCAGAGUUCGAGCAUAGUGAUGUAAAAAAAUGGUUUGUACUUGAAAAUAUAAGGCUCAGAAAUAAAAUACAAAAAAUGAAAUCAAAGCAUGAGAAACGCCAGAAAAUUGCGAACAUUAAAUAUCAGCUCUUGAAAAAUAAACAAAAGGAAUUUCCAAACGAUAAUAUUUAUCAAAAGAUUGAUAAAGUAUUAAGUAAAAAAUUAAAUGAAAAGAAAUUAAAAAAUUCUUACAUACAAACUAACAUAACAUUUCUCAAUCCAUUUUUUGUAAGUUGGGAUACAUAUUUUGAAAGUUGUGAUGCUAUCAAAUUUUCAAGUGAUGGGGAAAUUGAUAUUUUAAAAAAAAAAAGGAUUAAGCAAAAUAUAAGAGGAACUAAUCUAAACAGAAGUAUAAGUAUUAACCCAUUCAGAGUUCCCAUACACAAUAUAGAUAAAAAUAAUAUUAUAUAUAAUUUAUACACUGAUGAUAACAUUAUAUUUAUAAAAGAAACGACAGAAUAUUUCAAUAGAAAAGAAAAAUAUAAUAAUAAAAAUAUUCAUAAAAACGAAAACAAUAUAAAGAACCCCAAACAAAUAAUAAAAAAAAAAAAUUUUAAAUCACAAAGUAUUGCCCCUUCAACUAUUAAUCCUUAUGAUAAUAAAAAGGAAGAGAGUUCAGUAAACAGCAACAGCAGUGAAGAUAUAUGGUUUGAAUGUAGAACCCCCCCCUUAACUGAAUUUAAGUGGUUCGACGAUAAUUCUAUUUAUCUACACCCACCAAAUAAUGGGCAGAAUAAUGACCAAAAUAAUGUGAUAAUAAUACAAGAUAAUAACUAUAUGGAUCAAGACAGGUAUAUUUUUUGCAACAAAAAAAAUAAAUUAAAUAACAAUUGUAAUGAAAGUAGUAUUAGUACCUGCAUGCUAUAUAAAAAUGAAGAUAAAUUUAUUGCAAAGUCAAAUGAAUAUUCCGUAAAGUUUGGGGGGUAUACAAAUGUAGACGUGGAUAUAAAUGGAGAGAAAAAUAAAAAAUAUGAAUCCUCCCAAAUUAAGGAUGUAUAUACUACUUUAAAUGAUAAUAAUUGGAAAAUAUAUGAAAAAUAUAAAUAUUUUGAUAUUCAAAACUAUACUAAUAUGUUUAAUAAUACUCAUACUAGUAAUAAUUAUCCAUAUGAACAAAAAAAAAAAAUUAAAAAUAUACAUUAUCAAAUGAUAACAGACAGUUUUAAUUAUUUAGAAAAUAAUUUUUUUAAUGCCAUGAAUAAAAUUUUUGUUAAGGAUAAAUUUUUUCAAGAAUUGAAAAUUGACUGUUGUGAUAAAAAAGAUAAUGUAUAUUGUAGAGAAAAAAAUGAUAUUGAAAAGUUAAAUAAAAAUAAAAGAAAAAUGGAUAAAAAUCAAAAUUUUAAAGGCAAUAAAUUGAGAGAGAACAUAAACCUGACUAAGACAAGUAAAACUUGCUAUAUGAUUGAUACUGAUAUGUUAGAAAAGGAGCAAAUAAAUAAUAAAUAA